AUGAAAGACCCGAUCCUCGCAAGCCACCCGGCGCCCUCAACCAUAAGGCUUGCCAAGCUGCAAACCGAGCAGCAGAACUCGAACACUUCAAAGAUUGACGAAGUCUCUUCCCUAGAGCUAUGUCAGAUCAUCAACGAAGAAGACGCAACUAUUGCCAAAGCCGUUAAGACUUGCCUACCUCAAGUUGCCCUUGCAAUCGAUGUGAUCGUACCACACAUACUUGCGGGCGGUCGGGUCAUCUAUGCCGGGGCUGGUACUAGUGGAAGAUUAGGUGUCCUCGACGCAUCUGAAAUUCCACCCACAUUCUCUGCACCGCCAGGACAGUUCAUUGGAUUGAUAGCCGGCGGAGACCAUGCUAUCCGAAACGCGGUCGAAGGCGCCGAGGACUCAGAAGAAAUGGGUGCGACUGACCUUGCGAUGCUGUCCCCACCCUUAGGCGAGAACGACGUCCUUAUAGGCAUUGCCUCGUCGGGGCGGACCCCUUAUGUUUUAGGAAGUAUCAAAUACGCAAGAUCAGUCCGAUCAGCCACGGUUGGUCUCGCUUGUGUGCAUCCAAGCGCACUAGAGGGACUCUGUGACGUUUUGAUUGAGUGUGUCACUGGCCCCGAAGUUGUGACUGGGAGUACUCGUCUCAAAGCGGGCACCGCGACCAAAAUGAUGGUUGAUCUGAAAAUUUCAAAUGAGAAGCUGCACGACCGAGCACGCCGCGUCGUUCGGGCCAUCGUCCCCGAGACAGCCGUUUUUGACGUUAGUAGAGACGAUGUCCUUGAUGAGAUAUUGACCCGCUGUGAUGGUCAUGUCAAGCUCAGCAUUCUCGUGGCUACCUCUGGAUGUUCACCUGAGGAGGGCAGGGCAAAACUGCAAGCCUCAACGGGGUCGCUGAAAAGGGCAUUAGAGAUGGAGUAA